AUGUCGGGCUGGUUCACCUUGUUCACCAACUGUCGCUACAUCCUCAAUGGCGAGCUUGUCGAGGACCAUCUUGUCAUCUCCGAUGAGACCGGACUCAUCUUGAAAAGAGAAGGCUACAUUGGGGGCGAAGCCAUCGACUUGGAAGACAGUAUCAUAGCUCCGGGCUUCCUGGAACUGCACACUAAUGGAGCGAAUGGUUUCCACUUCACGCACUACGAGGACGAGCAAACGUAUGCGACAAAGAUAGACGAUAUUGCGAAAUACUACACGACUCAGGGUGUCACGGGAUUCUGGGCAACUAUACCCACAGUAAAGAGCGAUGAAUUCCAGAAGAUUCUCCCCUCCUUGAAGCCUCGCCAGAUUUCCUCUUCUGCAUCUCUCCUUGGGGCUCACACAGAAGGCCCAUACCUACACCCUUCCAAGAAGGGCGCACAUAACAGCUCUCUUUUCCACUCCUGCUCAACAUCCCCCUCGACCAUCUACGGAUCCUCGAACUUGCAAUCCACGGUCAAGCUUGUUACCGUCGCGCCGGAGCUCCCUGACUCAGCGGCACUUAUCAAAACACUGACAUCGCAAGGUAUCAAGGUAGCAAUGGGCCAUUCGACGGCAACAUAUGAGGACGGAUUGACUGGGUUGAAGGCUGGAGCAAGCGGGUUGACGCAUACAUUAAAUGCGAUGCCAGCUUGGGGAUCAAGAGCGCCUGGGUUAGCUGGACUGGUAUCGCUGUCGGAAACAGGGAAAGUUGCACCACCGUGGUACACAAUCAUUGCAGAUGGAGAGCAUUUGCACCCAAACACCGUGUCUUUGCUUCAUCGCUCCAACCCAAAGCGGUCAAUUCUGAUCACUGACAGUAUUGAACUUGCGUCUCUCAAAGACGGGACGUAUCCCGGCCACUCUCAGAUCCCUUAUGAACAGGUCAAGAAUGGAACACGAGCGACAAUUGUGGGUACUGAUACUUUGAUUGGGGGAUGCAUUCCACUCCAACGGAGUGUAAGAAACUUGAUGAAUUGGUCUGGCUGUGGAAUUGCAGAGGCUGUAGGCACGGUCACUGAGAAUGUUGCUGCUUUCAUGGACGUUGAUGGAGAAGGCGGACGGGGUAUACUAAAGGAAGGCAGGAGAGCAGACUUGACUGUAUUGAAUGAGCAAGGUGAGGUGCUUCAGACGUGGGUGGCCGGGCAUAAGGUGUGGGAUAAGGAGGAGGAUAUUCGAGCGCAUGAAGAUGACGGUGAAGCGAGAGGUUGA